AUUCCAUUAUACAUGAUGGUCUUCCUGUCAUACUCCAUCACACUGGAUGGUCUUCCCGUCAUACUCCAUCACACUGGAUGGUCUUCCCGUCAUACUCCAUCACACAGGAUGGUCUUCCUGUCAUACUCCAUCACACAGGAUGGUCUUCCCGUCAUACUCCAUCACACAGGAUGGUCUUCCCGUCAUACUCCAUCACACUGGAUGGUCUUCCCGUCAUACUCCAUCACACUGGAUGGUCUUCCCGUCAUACUCCAUCACACAGGAUGGUCUUCCCGUCAUACUCCAUCACACAGGAUGGUCUUCCCGUCAUACUCCAUCACACAGGAUGGUCUUCCCGUCAUACUCCAUCACACAGGAGGAAAAACAUCUGAGGGCAGGAUAACAGGAUUGAUUUCGAGCAGCCAUUCGUCAGACGACAUGGAACUGACCGAGCAACUCGUGGAGGCUGGCCAGGACCAUGAUGACCAGGACAACGAAUGGGGUGACCGCAGGGUCAUACUAGUGGGCAGCGGGGACAUGACUCGUGCCCUGGCUCCUAGUCUACUCCGAGCUCACUACAGACCUGUUGUAGCAACCAGGAAACCUAACAGAGCCAGGACGUGGAUGAGCCAGGAGGUGGAGGUGUGCACCCUGGAGGAGGGACUCGCUCAAGGAGACCUGGUGGUAGUGGCCAUCCCUGCCAUCCACCACCACACUCUUCCCAAGCACCUCUUUACCAACAAAAUCAUCGUUGACAUAAGCAACAGGUACCCAGGGGAGACCCAGAAGGUGAGCCUGGCAGAGGCGCUGCAGGAGAUGCUGCCGGAGGCUCAGGUGGUGAAGGCUUUCAACACGCUCUCAGCCUACGUCCUGGAGAGGGAAGAACUGUACUGUGGUAGGGAGGUACCAGUAUGUGGGGGCACAACAUUUGCCCGGGCACGGGUGAUGGCUCUGGUAAGGGACAUGGGCAUGGUACCCGUGGACAAGGGAGGACUGAAGAAUGCCAGGACCCUUGAGGAAAUACCCUUCCAAUUCUUCCCGGAGUGGAAGGUGGCGUUCAUUGUCACGGGUAUCAUCUUCGCUUUCUUCUGGACCAUCAAGUUUUUUAGGUCGCAGAUCUGCUACAACCUGCAGAAAGAUGGGGACUGGGACUGGGGCGUCUUCGAAAAACUGCCUCUGAGCAACACCCAGAACGCCCUGGCCUUUACUGGUUGUCUCCUGCUGCUACUCUGCUACAUUCCUGGGAUGAUUGCUGCAUAUCUCCAGUUGUGGAGAGGCACCAAGUACUCCCGGUUUCCUGGCUGGCUGGACACGUGGCUCAAGUCUAGGAAGCAGCUGGGCCUUCUCUCUCUACUGACGGGAUGCACACAUGGUUGCUUGGCCAUCUUCCUCAAUAUAAACUGGCACCAGGCCAUUUCAUGGACCCAGUCAAUCUACAUCACCUGUGGUGUGCUACUGGCGGCGGUGAUGACCAUCCUGGGUGUGACAUCACUACCCUCAGUGUCAGUCAAGUUAACAUGGAGAGAGUUCUCAGUGGUUCAGAGGUACCUGGGCUGGAUCUCCGUCAUCCUUCUCACCUCACACCUCACAUUUCUCUCUAUCCUUGGUUUAAUGCGUCCUCUUUCCUGUUACUUCCUGCUGUCGGGGCCACAGAUAAUGGUUCCUGUGUGCUUCCUCACGCUGAUGUUCAAAAUUCCUCUGGUGCUGCCGUGCAUCGACUCUCGUUUGACCAAGAUCCGUAGAGGCUAUGAGAGGCAUAAUCCCACUGACUCUGAUAAUCAGAUGCCUAAAUUAAUUCCUUAAACUUUUAAUAUUUGAGUAAGUUUGAUCUCAGAUUUGGCAUACUGUGCACUAGCAGUCUGAAGUUCAUUCUUAAAUAUUUAUUUAUUUAUAUGUUGUGCCAAAGGUGAGCAAUAGACAGUAGAGUAGUUAAUUUUUCACCCUCCCCCUCUACAGUCUGAUGCUCUGUUAACAGUAAACAAAUCUAAAUUUCAUUUAAAUUUCUUGUUAUUUUGUCAUGUCUAGCAAUUCAUUAUGAUCUUCCAUUAAUGAACUAAUAUCCAAGAUUUAUCUUCACAUUAUUGUUGCAUAAAAAAAGUAUUAUAAUGGCUAGUGUUCAUUGUGUAAUUCAUGAUUAUCCUGAAAAAUUUUCUACUUUCAAUUAAAACAGAGAAACAACCCCUUGGAGACAACCUUAGAAAAAAGUGUUCUCAUGUUUGUUCUCUAUCUUUCCUUUUUGUCUAAAACUAGAAAUUUACCCACUGAAUAUUUGCUGAUGCACUUCUAUUGGGAUAUGAACCUCAUGAGAUGCAAAAAAUAAAUUUUGAUUCCUUGACUGUCUGAAAUGUACAUUUUGAAAGCCUAGGUAUCUCAGACCUCAAAAUAUAUAUAGUUGUCCCAACCAUGAAAAAUGCUUUUCAUUUUCAAGGUAGUGAAGAUCUAGAGCCUAGUUUACGUAUGGGUAAUAACAAUGAAACACGUUGCAGAACCAAGGCGUGUAGUUCAAUAUUUAGCGCCUGAGUGAAGAAUCUGCAAAGCCUGCUUAGUUGACCGAGGCAGUUUAUCCAUUUCAUCAACACGCAUGCUCCCCUCACACACCGUGUCUUGACCUGAUGAGCGUGUUUCAUCAGAAGAGAUUAUACAGUGCCUGUGGGAGAGGGGAUGGAAGGCAUUCAGGCUUAAUUCAGGGAAGUGGAGCACAGAUCCAGUUCCCUAGAUCAAGAGCUCCUCACCAGCAUCAAAGAACCUCCCAUGAGGGUCAUCAGAAAUUGAGGCAGUUGUAUGUUUGGAAAGAAUUCACAAGAGCAUCUAUUAGAAGUUGAGGUGGAGGGUAGUUAGAAGAAAUUCCUAGAGUAUUUCUUUGAAGUUGAUGUGGAUGAUGGCAAGGAGUUCUCAUAGUAUCCUUUGCCAGAUGAGGAAGGUAUUUGUGGCUGGGAGUUCCUGGAGCAUUCCAUAGAAAUUGAGGCAGAGGGUGUAUGGGAUGAGUUCUUAAGCAUUCCCUGCAAGCUGAGGCAGAUGGAAUCCAUGUAUUCCUGGAUUAAUAUUAUAAUACGUAUACUAGUAAUCACAAAAGCACUAAAUUUGUACGAGUUCCCAGAGCAGAGGGUAGCCAGGGCAUCCUGGAACAUCCACAAGAGGCAGAUAGGUUAUAUCUUGCAAUGCCAAGAAUCGAUAGGUCCCAGAGAGAGAAGACCGCUGCACUAGAGGACAAGACUAUUGGGUCCACAAACCAAGACAUCAGAAAUGACUGCACAAGUCAUUCAGUGAUGGAAGCCCCUCAUCACUUGAGGAUUUUGUAAUUUAAUGUAGUCAUGCCAUACCAUGUAAUAUACUGUAUUCAAAGUGUUUAUGUAGUUCCUUUUCCUUGUGUUUUUAUACUUGCAUCAGUAUGACAAGUUGCUUCAGGGCUGUAGCCUCUGGGAAGAGCAAGGUCAGCUGCCUCUUUUCCCUAGAAUUCUAAAGUAAAUACUAUAUAAUAAAUACAUAAAGAAUAUUGGCAGUUUGGAGGGAUAUGUUGUGUAUCUUUAUAUGUGUAUGCUUCUAGACUGUUGUAUUCUGAGCACCUCUGCAAAAACAGUGAUAAUGUGUGAGUGUGGUGAAAGUGUUGAAUGAUGAUGAAAGUAUUUUCUUUUUGGGGAUUUUCUUUCUUUUUUGGGUCACCCUGCCUCGGUGGGAGACGGCCGACUUGUUGAAAAAAAAAAAAAAAAAAAAAAUAAAGAGUAGACAAUAGUGAGAUAGUAUGACUCGCGAAAUCAUUGCAAACAAACCACGGUACGGGUGGGAAUUGAAUUCACGACUCACUUGCCACGAGUUCAGUCCCCACUCGUACCACAGUGUGAGAUGUUACCAUACUUAUGAUCAUUCAGUAGUGCUAUUAAGCUAUUUGCACUCAUAAAUUAAAACUGGACCCAAGCCCUUAACCAUUGUUUAGUGACCAUUAACCUGAUUUAGUUGUAGACCCUCUUCUGAGAUUUUGCUCAGGUUAUGGGCCUGUGGUUGGUGCUGUGAAGAAUGCACCAGUGAUUUAGUUUUAAGGUCAUAGCUGCAUUAUGUGGCACUGCUGUGUGUACUGUAAAUAGUUGCCUGCUGUGUAGAACACUAUAAGAUCUUGUCAUUGUUCAAAUAAAGAUAUCUUUCCCUUUCACAA